AUGAGUAGCAUUGGAACUGGAUACGAUCUCUCCGUCACGACCUUCUCUCCCGAUGGCCGUGUUUUCCAGAUCGAGUACGCAGCAAAAGCUGUCGACAACAGUGGAACUGUUGUUGGAAUCAAGUGCAAGGACGGGAUCGUAAUGGGCGUGGAGAAGCUUAUUGCAUCAAAGAUGAUGCUACCUGGUUCCAACCGGAGAAUCCAUUCUGUUCAUCGUCACGCCGGCAUGGCUGUUGCUGGUCUUGCAGCUGAUGGGAGACAAAUUGUUGCACGGGCUAAAUCUGAAGCGAGAAGUUAUGAGAGUGUUUAUGGUGAUGCUGUACCUGUGAAGGAACUUUCAGAGCGUGUUGCAAGUUAUGUACAUUUAUGUACCUUGUACUGGUGGCUCAGGCCUUUUGGCUGUGGGGUCAUUCUUGGAGGUUAUGAUAAAGAUGGACCCCAAUUGUACAUGAUUGAGCCAUCGGGCAUAUCAUACAGAUAUUUUGGUGCGGCCAUUGGAAAAGGAAAACAAGCUGCUAAAACGGAAAUUGAGAAGUUGAAAUUAUCUGAGAUGACAUGCAAAGAAGGCGUUAUUGAGGUGGCAAAAAUCAUUUACAAGCUACACGAUGAAGCGAAGGACAAGGCCUUUGAAUUGGAGAUGAGUUGGAUAUGUGAGGAAUCAAAACGAGAGCAUCAGAAGGUCCCUGAUGAUCUUUUGGAAGAAGCAAAGACGGCAGCUAAAACUGCCCUUGAGGAAAUAGAUGCUGACUAA